UCUCUCUCUCCCUCGCGUCCCUCUGAACCAAAUCCGCUUCCAGACGCGCAGCAGACCCGUAUCUGAAGCGUGUGACGGCGGCGGCGGCUGCGUGAAGACCCUUGGACUGGCAGAAGAGGAGGAGGAGGAGGAAGAGGAGCAGGAAGAAGAGGAGGAGGGGGGUCUUUCAAAAACUGGGGCUCCACUGCAGUGUUACAGUUACUCCUGUAACGAGGAUAUCCGAUGGAGAACAGAAGGUCUUUAGAGGCGCUCGGCGGUGUGUAGGGCUGACACGCUGACAGUUUGUCCAAACUAAGGCUGGCUCAAACGCAGACACACCUCUGAUGCCUCUGGCCAGUUCGAGCUCUAUGGUGUGUGCUCGCUGGGAUAAAAGUGGCCUGGCCAAAGAGCAAAGUGUUGCUACUCACAGUAAAGCCCACACAGGAUGUCGUGGGCCAGGGGCCUCUUUGUAGGCAGGGUGGACGAUCGAAAGACAGCAUGGGGAGAGCGCAACGGCAAAAAGAGGAAGGACAGCUCAUCCCUGUGCAACCCGCGCUACAUGAGCUGCCUGAGGGACCCUGAGGACCUGGAGCCUUCUAAUGUGGCCCCUCAGCAUUACCACUGUGGAGCGGGCACCAGCGGGGGCAACUUUGGCCUGCGCUGUGGCUGGCAGGAGGACCACUAUGGGAAAAGGAUGGGUGGCGGUGGGGAUCUGGGUCUAAAGUCGGUGGACCUUUGCUUCGAAGAUGGCGAGCUGAAGGGAAGGAAAGAGGAGGAAUCAGGGGAACUAGCCGAGGGAAGCUGCAACACGAUGAGCGCCUUGGACUGCUGGAUGCGGUUUGCGUGGGUUUUCCAAUCCAAGAAGUUUCAGUCCAGCAAACUGGAGCGCCUUUACCAGCGCUACUUCUUCAGGCUCAACCAGAGCUCCCUGACCAUGCUGAUGGGGGUCCUGGUGGUGGUGUGUGGGGUCAUGCUCGCCUUCCACUGCAUCAGCACGAUUCCAGAUGAGGCCUAUGUCUCAGUACUCUGUUUGGCCAUGGCGCUCUUCUUGGCCAUGAUGGUGGUGUGCAACCGCAAUGGCUUCCAUCAGGACUACAUGUGGAUUGUGAGCUACCUGGUGAUCGGCGUGCUGAUUGUGGUGCAGGUUCUUGGGGUGCUGAAGAUGUAUCCCCGCAGUGCCUCAGAGGGCAUCUGGUGGACGGUCUUCUUCAUCUACAUUAUAUACACACUGCUGCCAGUCAGAAUGAGAGCUGCCGUGCUCAGCGGAGCAGUGCUGUCCACCAUACAUGUAGUCACCGCCUGGCAGCUCAACCAAGAGGACAAGUACAUUUUCAAACAGGUCAGUGCCAACGUGCUGAUCUUCCUGUGCACGAACAUGAUCGGGAUCUGUACCCACUACCCAGCGGAGGUCUCCCAGAGACAAGCCUUCCAGGAGACGAGAGGAUACAUCCAGGCUAGACUGCACCUGCAGAGGGAAAACCAGCAGCAGGAGCGCCUACUGCUGUCAGUACUGCCAAGGCACGUUGCCAUGGAGAUGAAGGCUGAUAUCAAUGCCAAGAAGGAAGAUAUGAUGUUCCACAAGAUCUACAUCCAAAAACACGACAACGUUAGCAUACUGUUUGCAGACAUCGAGGGCUUCACCAGCCUGGCGUCUCAGUGCACGGCCCAGGAGCUGGUCAUGACGCUGAACGAGCUGUUCGCCCGCUUCGACAAGCUGGCCUCGGAGAACCACUGCCUGCGCAUUAAAAUCCUCGGGGACUGUUACUACUGUGUGUCAGGGCUGCCUGAGCCCCGGGCUGACCACGCCCACUGCUGUGUGGAGAUGGGAGUAGACAUGAUCGAAGCCAUCUCGCUGGUGAGAGAGGUGACAGGCGUUAAUGUGAACAUGCGGGUGGGCAUCCACAGCGGUCGUGUUCACUGCGGGGUGCUGGGCCUGCGCAAGUGGCAAUUUGAUGUCUGGUCCAAUGACGUGACGCUCGCUAACCAAAUGGAAGCCGGAGGCAAGGCCGGGCGUAUCCACAUCACCAACGCCACACUGCAGUAUCUGAACGGGGACUACGAAGUGGAGCCCGGAUUUGGAGAAGAGAGGAAUACUUACCUGAAGGAUCACACCAUUGAAACCUUCUUGGUGAUGGGCUGCAGCCAAAAGCGGAAAGAGGAGAAAGCCCUGAUGGCCAAGAUGCAGAGAGCACGUGCAAAUUCUGCUGAGGGACUGAUGCCACGCUGGGUGCCUGACAGAUCCUUCUCCAGACCCAAGGAGCCCAAAGCCUUCAGGCAGAUGGGCAUCGACGAAGCAUCCAGCAAAGACAACCGCUGCACUCAGGAGGCCCUGAACCCCGAGGAUGAGGUGGAUGAGUUUCUUGGACGGGCCAUUGACGCGCGCAGCAUUGACCAGCUGCGGAAAGAUCACGUCAAGAAGUUUCUGCUCACUUUUCAGACACCUGACCUCGAGAAAAAGUACUCCAAAAAGGUUGAUGAUCGCUUCGGAGGAUACGUGGCCUGCACGCUCCUUGUUUUCUGCUGCAUCUGUUUCAUUCAGAUCAUCAUUUUCCCGAGGACAACUCUUAUGCUAGGUCUUUACAUCAGCAUCUUCAUCAUCCUCACCAACAUCCUCUUCAUCUGUGCCAUCUACUCCUGCAUCAAAGUCUUCCCGGCUGCCUUGCAGACUGUAACCAAGAAGAUAGUCCAGUCACGUGCAAACAGCACACUGGUUGGCGUCUUAACCAUCCUCCUCCUCUUCAUCUCCUCUUUUGCUAAUAUGUUUUCCUGCAGCAGAGAGAAACUGGAGAACUGCAUAGAAGACGAGCUAAACACAUCAGUGACUCUCUGCCUGCUGCACAACCUGACCAAGGCAGCGGAGGACGGCUUGACUCUCUGCUCCAGCCAGGCCAUGCCCUGCCAUUUCCCCGAGUAUUUCAGCUACAGCGUGUUGCUGACCCUGCUGGCCUGCUCUGUGUUCCUCCACAUCAGCAGCAUAGGGAAGCUGGCUCUGAUGCUGCUCAUCCAGCUCACUUACCUCCUGCUGGUAGAGUGGCCUCAGGUGGCCCUGUUUGACAACGCAGACCUGCUGGUCAGAGCCAACAACUUGAAAUUAUCAAAUAAUGAUUCCGAACAACAGCCUAGUUUCAAUGAAACCGCAGAACAGUGCCUGGAGAAUGUGUCCAAGGUAUCCCUCAAGGUCAUGACCCCUGUAAUCCUGACCGUUUUUGUUCUGGCUCUCUACUUGCACGGCCAGCAGGUGGAGUCCACUGCUCGCCUCGACUUCCUCUGGAAGCUGCAGGCCACAGAGGAGAAGGAGGAGAUGGAGGAGCUGCAGGCAUACAACCGGCGCCUGCUGCACAACAUCCUACCCAAAGACGUGGCCGCCCACUUUCUUGCGAGGGAGCGUAGGAAUGACGAGUUGUACUAUCAGUCAUGUGAAUGUGUCGCUGUCAUGUUCGCCUCCAUUAGCAACUUUUCAGAGUUUUAUGUGGAGCUUGAGGCCAACAACGAGGGAGUGGAGUGUCUCAGGCUGCUCAACGAGAUCAUCGCUGAUUUUGAUGAGAUCAUCAGCGAGGAUAGGUUUCGUCAGUUGGAGAAAAUCAAAACCAUCGGCUCCACCUACAUGGCAGCCUCCGGCCUCAACCAUUCCACCUACGAUAAAGAAGGCCGCUCACACAUUCUAGCUUUGGCCGACUACGCCAUGAGGCUCCGAGAACAGAUGAAACACAUCAACGAGCACUCCUUCAACAACUUCCAGAUGAAGAUAGGACUGAACAUGGGGCCUGUGGUGGCAGGGGUGAUUGGAGCCAGGAAACCCCAGUAUGAUAUAUGGGGGAACACAGUCAACGUGGCCAGCCGCAUGGACAGCACAGGAGCACCAGACUGCAUCCAGGUGACCACAGACCUGUACCACGUGCUGGUCAACAACGGAUACCAGCUGGACUACCGAGGUGUCGUCAAGGUGAAGGGGAAGGGGGAGAUGACCACUUACUUCCUCACCAGCGGCCCCCCGGGCAGUUAACAACAGAGCGGUGCUGCCCACAGAGUGACUCCCAUUGCACUGACAAGACAGAGAGCAGCAGAGAGACUUGAGAGUUCCGCCCGGCGACAAGCAACCGGAUCGCGGUGCGAACACACCAGGGACAGAAGGCCGGCAGAGACGAGCUCGGCCCGACUCGCCUGUUGUCACAUAAUAAGAUCCCCCCCCCCCCCACCAAGCUGCUUGAGAGAUAACGAAGCCCAGUUGCCUUAGGACGGAAGUGGCUAUGCUUGUGUUGAUGAGCAAUAGUAUGAGUAUCUCAUCUGGAGUCAUUAUUUAUUUUCAUGAGGAUGGAUUUUUUUUGUGAAAUCCUUGUACAAAAAUGAAAAUAUUUACAUACAAAAAAAAACUAUGUCACUUAACAGAAAAUAUGCAAGGACAAUAUGAAGGAUGAAAAUGACCAAAGAACAAAUGUUUGAUAUGAAACACACACACACACACACACACACACAAAGGAUUCUAUUCAGAAAAUACAGUCAUUUAUUCAUCUGCAGAAAGCAAAGGCCACGGGAAACGUCAAACUUUAAUUUUUUAGCUGUGGAUUUAUUCAUGAAGGAUAAUACACACACACACACACACACAUAUAUAUAUAUAUAUAUAUUUAUAUGUACACACACACGACAUUGACUCACAACAAACUAGCUUGGACAUCUGUGUUUCUUAUCAGGGCCUUCUUUGUUUCUUCCAGCCUGUGAUUAGCCGCAGUCUGGACACAAGACUGUUUGUGGUUCACUGAAAUGUGCGAUCGAUUACUCGCGCUCUGCGAUGUAUCUUUGGUUUGAGCCAAAAACAAGACAUAGGAGAAGAGAACAGAUGCAUUAUUGUCAUGGUACUCCGGAGAUUGUCAAACAGUUCUGCAACGUUUUAUAAAAGUGUACGUGCGAGUGUCUGUGUGUGUGUGAGAGUGUGUGUGUGUGCGUGUGGUGUCAGCACACAGAACUGAAUGCUGGUCUUUACCUAUAAAGGGGCAUACUGUAACUUUUCACUGUGAGGUUUUUAUGAUACUGUAUGACAAUGCUUUCUUGCCAAACCGGUCGCUGCGAGUCAUGUUUUGUAUUAUUUCAGAGUCGUGUGUCCAUUCCUGAUUUCUUGUGUCAAAAACUAUCAUUUGAGGAGAACAAUGUCUGCGUCUUUUACUGGACUGUGACUCUUUUUGUCUUUUUUUUUUGACUGAUUUCAUUCCAGCCCGAUUAAGCAAAAGCUUACAAAACCUUUGUUUUUGGACGGUGUUAGAGAUGUUUGAAGUUAAACUGGUUUCCUGACAGCUUCAGGAUUCGAUGUGUGCCAGAGAUCUGCUCACUAGUAUUGCCUUGAGAUUUUGCAGUUCUGAGGUCCAACUACUACAUGGACCAAUAUUCACAACUUUACACUACAGUAUUUGACAUGUAUUUGGCACAUGGGGGCUUGUAGCCCCUUAAAAAUGAGUUGUUCAAAACAAUAAUCAUAUGAAUGUAAUUUAAUAUAUAUAUUUUUUUGCCCAACAAUGAUACUACUACUGAAGAAAACCACUCUUUACUUUGCCUUUGGGACUGAGGAAGAAGAUGAAUCAUUGUAUUAAGAGGCCAUAUUGAUCAGGCUUCAUGUUUGUGUGUGAAGUGAAAGAGUAUUUUACAUUCAGAUCAGUUUUACACCUGAUGUUGACAGCCUCAAUUUUCUGUCUGAGCCUAAAAAUGUUGACUUUAAAGGCCAUAAAAAGAGUUCCUCACUUCUGCUUCUUUCUCUCUGUCUCUAAAACGAAAGGUCAUCAAGACAAGUUGUUAUUUUCCUUUAAGAAGUGACAGAGUUUGAUAAAUUCUGCAAUGAUUUGAUUCAUUACCCCUUGGAUAAGAACCUAAUAAAUAGCUGUUUUUGCAUUGA